AUGCGAUUCCGGUCAGGUGUUCUCAAAAGACCAUGGUGGAUGGAUGGGAUUAUACUCCAAGUGAUCGGAAAGCGCGAUGACCUGCCAAACAGCAAGCUUCGAGAAACCAUCUCCCCAGCACCCUCCCGUGCGCCAGGGUCUCUCGCGUACCUGAUCAGCCUGGCCAUCUCCCGUGGACUCCCACCGACGGCCCCGUUGGCCGACGGAGAAGGUGAGUUCACGAGUCAAGAUGUGAUAACCUGCUGCAUUGGGCGCAUUGCAAGAUCGCCAGACCCAAACGGCGGGGCGGCAUCUUUCAAGUCUCUCUGGCGUACGACGCAUCGUACACCGCCUCUGGUAUUAUCACAAAUAAGCUUCCCUGGACAAUGGGCCACAUCCUCCAUGAUCGACAACAGUCAAUCGGAGGAUCGCGAUGCAGAGUCGUUUGGCAGGGAGAUGUUCCCUCUCAUCAUAACGUUCUAG